AUGAAGAUGCCAACCACUUCUCAUACAGAUAUGAUUCAUACCUUAGGAACGCCCAGGCUCAGUGGACAAGCCAUUACACCGAAGACAUAUAGAGCGUCUAAGUCUUCUAGACAUGUCAAUCACCUGAGUCAGUCAAUCAGGAUAGCCCAUCAAAGAGUUAAUAUCGAUGUGGACUUAACGCAAAAUAAGUUGGAAGGAUUUACAGAGCUUACGGUGAUACCUACGAUGGGCAGUUUGAAAUCUAUUAAAUUAGAUUGCAGGGAAAUGAAAAUUAAAAAUGUUCAUAUUAACAAUACUAGAAAUACCAAUUAUAUACACAAGGAUGUGCUUUACAUUAAUGAUGAUAAAUAUUUUGAGGAAUCGCUCGAUAAUAAAUCGGUGAAUCUAUUUGAUAUGUACUCUGAUGAUUUGACUAUACACCAACAUCAUUUGAUAAGGCAGAAACUUAAUUACGUAUUUGGAGAGAUUAACAAUGAUCCUAGGGAACUUCCUAGGGAAGUACACAACGGAAAUACAGAGGAAUUGUUGAUUUUCCUUCCAGAUAAUUUGAAAUUGGAAUUGGCUGAUGCCAACGCAUUUACCACGCCGGAAAGUCAAGCGGUGACUCCUCGUUAUCUUAAAUCCAAGAAUGCGAUGAGUGAAUCCCAGUAUUCGUUUACUGUAAAAAUUGAGUUUGAGUGUAUUAACCCAAAGAAUGGUUUGAACUUCAUAACUGAUAAGAAAUCAGAUAGGAAAUAUUGGCAUGCGUAUACUGUAAACUCAGACUAUAAUAUUUCCACUUCGUCUUGGGUUCCAUGCAUUGAUAAUUUAUGGGAUAGGUGUACCUGGUCUCUUGAGAUCAAUAUUCCAAGGACGAUUAAAGAUAUAGGAAAUCCCAGGAUAAUAGGUUCUGAAAAUACAAACACGCUGGAAAAGGAACACGAAACAGAACGAAUGCAAAAAGAUAUACGAAAUGGAGCUCAUGAUGACGUGGAAAACAAUGCUGAUGAUGUCGAACAUGACGAAAACAAUGUGGAUGAUGAUGAAGACGAUACCGAAAACUAUGAUUUAGUCGUUUGCACUGGUGACUUCAAUAAUGUCAAAGAAACUCCACAUCCUAUAGAUAGUUCAAAAAAAGUUGUAUCAUGGUCAAUUUUCAAUCCUGUUUGUGCCCACCAUGUCGGUUGGGCGUUAGGGUCGUUCCAAAGCAUGAUUUUAUCCACGCCUUCCCAAGAAGGCGAUGAAGAGAUUAAAGAUCAUGUAGAAUUUGAAGAUAUUGAAAAAGUAACUGAUAACUCACCUGUCACUAUAUAUUUCCUAGUGGGUCAGGAAGAUAUGGCGAGGAAUACAUGUAUUUUAGCUAACAAAGCCAUAGACUUUUUUCUGAAGGAAUUUGGUUCAUUUCCGUUUAGCUCUUAUGCAAUGGUAUUUGUUCAAAAUAAUGCUUCAGAGUCAAAUAAUUUUGCUGGAAUAUCAGUUAUAAGUGAUUCACUCUUGUACCCAUCAGAUUUAAUUGAACCUAUGAUCUCAACCACAGAUACAAUACUAGAAGGCAUGGCAACUCAAUGGUCGGGUAUUAAUAUUGUUCCGCUAUCCUUCAAUGAUUAUUGGUGUACAAUUGGUAUCGCCAAGUAUAUGGCGCUCCAAUUUAUUAAAAUUUUGAUGGGUAAAAAUGAAUACAGAUUUAAAAUAAAGAAGAAGAUGAAUGAAAUCGUUGAAAAGGAUAUUGGCAAAAAGCCAUUAGCAUUGCAAUUUUUCAGGUUCCCUAUUUCAGACCUUGACCUAGACUUUCUAAGGCUAAAGGCGCCUAUAGUUCUUUACAUCCUUGAUAAAAGAAUGACUAAAACAGAUAAAUCAUUCGGGCUUUCUAGGGUUCUACCGAAGCUCUUCUUGCAGGCGAUGUCUGGAGAUUUACAAAAUGGGGCAUUAUCGACUCAGCAUUUUCAAUAUGUCUGUGAAAAAGUGAAUCGGAAUAAGUUAGAUACCUUUUUCAAACAGUGGGUUUUCGGAUCUGGUGUACCCAUAUUCAAUAUAUCUCAAAAGUUUAAUAAAAAACGUUCCAUGAUAGAAAUGAGUAUAAGGCAAGUACAACAACUGGAUACGAAAAAAUUACACCCAAACCCUGAAUCAUUUAUUAAUGACUCUAUAUCACACUUGGAUGACGAGCCUUCAUUCCUGAUUCAACCAGUAUUUACUGGUCCCAUGACCAUUAGGAUCCACGAAGCUGAUGGUACACCUUAUGAACAUAUUGUUGACUUGAAAGAUGGACACGUUAAACUCGAUAUCCAAUAUAACACAAAAUUUAAACGAUUAAAGAAGAAUAGAGAAGAUCUUAAUGAACCUAAUACAACAUUCAGUAAAUUGGGUGAUAUAUUAACAACUCCAGAAGAAAUGGAUGAUUGGGGCUUGAAUGAAUGGGUAAAGCAUGAGGAAGACAUGCUUUAUAAUGAUGCUUUUGAGUGGAUUAGAGUGGACGCAGAUUAUGAAUGGAUAGCUCAGAUCAAUGUUAAACAACCCGAUUAUAUGUUUGGUUCCCAAUUACAAUACGAUAGGGAUGUCGAGGCUCAAUAUGAAGCGGUGAGGUACUUUGGUGAUAGAGAGAAGCCUAACACCUUAUAUUGUACUGCAUUAACUCGUACAGUUAUGGAUGAUAGGUAUUACUAUGGACUCAGAAUCGCAGCAGCCCAGGCUUUAGCAGAUAUAUCUAAGCCUGAUAAUAAUUUUAUUGGUAUCGGUUAUCUUAUAAAAAUUUUCAAAGAGCUCUAUUGCUUUCCUGGAAGCUCCAUUCCGUUAAGCAAUGAUUUCAACAAUUUCAACCGUUUCUUCUUACAGAAACAAAUUCCUCAAAUUUUAAGUAAUGUUAGGGAUGAAAAUGGAGAAGUACCCUUUGUAAUUAGAAACCUUUUAUUGAAUCUUGUUAAGUUCAAUGAAAACUCUAAUAAUAAUUUUCAGGAUUGUUUCUACAUGUCUGGCUUAAUUACAUCUUUAACUACUAGUGCAUUAAAUGCAAAGAGUGCUCUUACAUCCCAAGAUCCUUUAAAUUUGGUGGAUAAAAGUGACUCAAUAAAUUCUGAAAAGCAGAAGUUCUUACAGGAUGUGAUAACAGAAAUAAAUAGACUUCAAAAAUUAGAUGAAUGGGUACCUUCUUAUCAAUCGAUUAUAGCAAUCACUUGUAUAAAACUGAAAAUCAGGUUGGCCACACAUGGUCUCUUACAGUUGUCAUUUGAAGAUUUGUUAUAUUACACUUUAGAGAAGUAUCCAUUUGACGUGAGAAUUGAAGCAUUCCGUGGAUUACUUAUUUUAGGGGGUUUAAAAAAUGCGAGUGUCUUGCAGUACUACUUAAAGGUUUGCUUGCUUGGUGCAACUACACCAUACUUCAGAGGAAAGUUAAUUGACACAUUGAUUAAUGCUAUAUGUAUUGCCGCUAUUGACGGUACUCCGUCUACUCUAGAUGAUCCAGAAUUUAAAACUCUUGAAAAGCUAUUUGAUGAAAAUUCUAGAAUGGCAAACAAUCAAACUAAUAUGGUUAUUAUCGAAGACGGAUCGAAUAAUGAGUUAAACUCAAGAAGAGAUACUUUUGCAAGAGCCACAUUAAAUGGUGCUAUAGAAUUGCUUAGACGUGAUUACUCCAUAGGCAGAGGGUUGAAGAAUUUAUUUUGGGAAUUAUUGCACACUUCAUUAUUGAGUAUUUAUGAGAGAAGAAACAUUUUCAAUGUUUGCCAAGUUCUAUACAAAGAAAUUGAUACAUUUAUUGCAAGAGUGCCUGUUCCUAGUGUUCCGUUGAGUGAAUUGAAGAAGAAGAUUGUUCUUAGAAACAUGGGUGAUGGUAAGGUUGUUAUUAAAAGAGAAGGUAGAUUUAAAAUCCAGUUGGCGUCACGUAGAUUGACCAUUCAGGAACCAUCUAAGUCUAAAGUGACCCAAGAAAGAGCUAAGUCGAAACCUAUGGAUGCGCCAGAGGUUGUGGAACAUCCACCGGAGACAAAAUUGAAACUUAAACUAGGUAGUACAUCCACAACCGUGGAGCCAAAGAAAGAUACUCCCCGAGUUACCAAGAAAGCGUCCCUCGAUCGUAAACUUGUUACUAUCGAUCCAUAUACCAAAUCCAAGGUCACAAUAAAAUUUGAAAAUCAUACAUUACCUAACUCGGCCGUAUUUGACUUUCCUACCCAAAAUGCACCUUCUACAAUUGGUCACUCGGUGAAUAUACAGGGGUCUACAAUAACAAUGAAGUUCACGAAAGAUAAGAUCGCUAAUUUAAAAGAUAUAUUGAGUGGUAAGUCGAUGAAACCUAGAUAUGUGAAGAUUUUGACCAAAGACAAAAGAAUAUUUGUGUCACCAACACCAUUCUCCCCUCCAGAAGCAAAUAUGGCCCCUGAGGACCAGCCUAAUGGUAAGUUCGGAGUUGAUAGCAUGAUGCCGUCUGGUAAGACGAAAUCAACAUCUUCAGGUCUGAGCAAUGGCAAAUUCAGUGGUACUGAAUCCAAAAAAAUCAAAUCGAAGGGCAAUAAAUCAAAAGAGCAAUCAAUUGAGAGCCCAUCUGAAUCAGAAGAAAAGAAGCCAAAGUUGAAAAUUCCGAUAAAACGAGAAUUAAAGCAACCCGAACGGUUACUGUCUGAGCCUAUAUCUAAACCAGUUGAACGUUCAGUUUCGCCAUUUUCUAGGUCAGCAAGCCCAUUCAGUCCUGCUCCGUCACUGCAGAGAACAAAUAAGAAAACUAAGAUUUACAUUCAUCCUAACGAUGAAAAGAGUGCAUCUAGUUCGGCCCAAGAUGAGCCACAGGUUACUAAAAUGAAUGUGCUGGAUUCAACUGAAAAUCAAAACCCUGAUGAAUCUUCGGAGAAUAAGCCCAAGAAAACAAAUUCAAAACCUGGUUUCAAACUCAAGUUAAACUUGAAACGAUAA